AUGGCAUCGCCUCCGUCUAAAGGAGGAAGCUCGAUACUGGAAGGAGAAAAAAAGGCCAAAGCUCGCAAUGCUGCAUUCAACAUUUCCCCGGUCGCGCCAUCCGCGGCAUCAAUUCCCGCGGCCCAUGUCCCGCGCAUGAUUGUGGAGGUUCCCCGCGCGAGAUCCUACUGCAGCGCUUCAAAAAUGACCAAUCUAUGGCACUAA